AUGAGUGCAGGAGAUGACAGAAAAGAACUAAUUCUGAAAGGAUUUAAGUUGUAUCCUUCAUGCGUUAAGUACACUAUAAUUUUUCCUUAAAUUUCACUCCAUUCUCACGGAGUUACUUAGUUUGUCAGUUUCUAGUCAGUCUCCCAUCAGGGUUGGUCGUUUUAACCGUCCUCAUUUCUGAGCAUGAAAUUUCUUGGAUCAGCGAGUCGGUAAUGAAUCUGUUUCUAUUAAUUUUGUGGCUAGUACGAAUGUUUGGUUCUUAAACGCAAACUUUUAAGUAUCUGUGUUUAUCUGUCGAUAUUAAAGCGUUAUCUAACUACAUGUAUAUAUUAUGCAACAAAUAAUAGUUGUUACUGAAACUAAUACUCAUUUUUAACCGUAGACGCGCUUUUGGAAAGGAUCAAGUUUCCAUCAGUAGACCUUACCAAGUACAGCGUGCGACUUCGUAAAAUCUCGAUUUCCAAGCAAAGCUUAAGGUUUACGAAAAGAUCGCUUUUAAAUUGGACUUCAGAAAUAUGUAUGCAAUUUAGCAGCUACGUCUGCGUCAGGUAAUUGUAAUACUGUAUCGCCUGGAUAAUGUUUUAAUCAUUUCGGUGUGAAACGAAUGAGUAAUUGCUCGCACUUCGGAUCGAUGAAUUUUGUCAAAUAUGGCGGAGUAUCCAUUUUGUAGUUGCAUUAUUUUGCCUCAUAGACUGAGAGAUAAGCGAAAAAUUUCUUGACAUAUGUCAAAUAAGUUCAGCCAGCUGCCUUUAAUUGUUGUGUCUAAUUCCAAAGAAAGAAAACUGCUGAUCAAAACACAUCUAUCAACUUCCAAACAGCAUGACUCAGAAUUUUGAUUUGGUGUAAAAGAGAGAGAAAUUAAACCCGUGUCAAUUACGUGCCAUGUUUUAAAUGAAAUGCGUAAUCGUUAUCCUUUCCCAGAGAGAUAAAUGUCAGUGGACUAAUAACAUAUCAAAUUUUUAUUGGCAGCUGUCAGUUCAGUUAAUUACUUAUUUACCAAAAUCUUUAAAAUACACUUAUUUUGUCUAACUGCAAAGUUUUAAGUUAUUUUAUAAGGUUUGCAAAAGUAGCAAGGUUUCCUUCAAACCUUUCAUCAAUUUUUUUGUAAGGAAAAAUGAAUUGCAAAAUUUGUGGCAAGCAUUGACUGUAACUUUGAGAAGGGACAAGUGCAAAUGUUGUGAAAGAAUUCUAGACUGAAAGUUUGUCUCAUAAGCUUUGAAAAGUAAUUUUGAUGCAAUUUGAAGUUUGAGAAGAUGCGUGAAAUAGUUUAGUGGUAUUUACUUCCUAAUCUAAAAGUAGAUAACCUUGAAGGCGUACUUAAUGGCCAUUCAAACUCUGAAUAUCCUUUCCUAUUCAACCCCGAGGAUUUUCAUCUGAAAAUAUUGUAAUCAAUGCAGGAAUGAAUGAGUCAAAAAUAAUUUUUUCCCCCCUAAAUUAUCUCACUGUUUUAGUAUGUACUAAAACAACUGUUCAUCUCAGUGGCAAGGGGUUGAUAUUUACCACACUGCUUCACUGCAUGGUAAAUUUCCACCACUAGCCACUGAGGUGAAUAGUUAUUACUUGGUAACUUGGGAAAGCUUCGAGGAAGUUGUUCUAUUGAAGGGCUUUCAUAUAUUUGUGCUAAAAAUUUACAUAAGAAUCAAAGCACAGUAGCUUUCAAAUAAAGGGGGUAAGUCUCUAUAGAAACUGAGGUGCUUAAAGAGUUUAAAGGCUGAUGUUUCAAGCGUUAGCCCUUUGUCAGAGCAACUGGACUGUUGUUUUGUUUCCCUUAAUUAUUAUGAUCUAGAAACUGGAUGAAUCUGCGAGAUGCUGACUCUGGUAAAGUAUUAUGGCAGGGGAGUGAUGACCUGUAAGUGAAAUACUAUCCUAUUUAUUUACUUCCUCAUUCUCUUAUUAAGUAACUUAGUUUGCAUGUAAAUCCAAUCUCUUGUUGUCAUGGUUUAGAGACCUUUUCAAGAUGCAAGUUUCAGAGAAGAGCACAGAAUGCCUUAGGGCUUCUUUCUUUUUCCAUUGAUCCCUGAGAAUUAGUGGUAUUCUUGGUGUAAAAAUCAAGAAGAGGCAAGCAUUGGGUCAGAGAGACAUCUACAGUCUCUACCCCAGUAUCACUGGGAGUCCUGUGUCAGUUAAAGAAAUAGAUUCCUUCUUGUCCUGUGUCUGUUCAGUAAUAGACCAUGGAGGGUGCCAAAAUGUGGCAAGAACAAAAAAGUGUCACUGUAUUCUGAAAAGACCCAUAUCAACAUGGGAUCUCUUUGUUUUGUACAUUGAAUAAGAAGAAAAUAUAAAUGGUGAAGUCAUUUAGUAUGCUUCUGUCCUCAAAAAAAAAAACAACAAGUUACAACCAGUCAAUAUAGGUGUAUUAUUCAGCUUAUUAUUUACACUAUACUAAAGGAAUAUUUAAAUCAAGGUCUUUGGGUCAUUGUGAUGGAAUCCUUAGUGUCUCACAUCAUAUUUUUAUUAAGAUAUAAAGUAUUUUAAGUCAAAGGCUAAACUUAAAGAUUCUAAGGUCUGCAGUCAUAAAAUUUUCCUGUUCUUUUGGUUGACUUGUAACUGUUUUGAUGGUCAUUUUUGUAAUAUGUUUCUGCAGGUCAGCUCCAGGACCUGAGCAUGAGGGUAAGAUGCCUUUUUACUACUCUCAACUGGGUUGUGAUUAGAAAAGUGAAUAGAUGUAUGAUCUAAACUGAGUAGGCAGCUGAAUGGAAAUCUGCUUGUGUAGCAAGCAUGGCAUGUUGCAGAGCAAAACACCCUUACUGGGGGGUUGGGGUAUGCUCCCCCAGAAAAAUUUGAAAUUUGAAACUCUGAUAGGUGAUUUGCAGCAUACUGUAUUUGGAGAACUUUUUUUAGCCAGACAUUGACAUUCUGAGUUACAUUACAAUUCAGCUAGCAAGUUUCUGCAGAGUGCAGGUUUCUAAUGACAACCCUGGUUUAGAGAUCAAGAGAAGUUGUAAACAUUAUUACCUUACUGAAUUUUAUUUUCAGAUAAUACCAUCCCAGCCUAAGUGCCCUUUUAAGUGUUGCCUGGAGCAUAUUUGUAUCUUGUUAUUUUCGGUCUUCCUGUAUCUGGUGGUUUCUUUUUAACAAUGUCUUAGUUAAAUAUUAAAAAUUAAGACUAACAAUAACUCAGUUUAUAAAAUUCCAACUGCCUUUGCAGCAUGGGAGGCACAAUUAAAUAAAUGAUAACUUUCUGCUUUGAAAUUACCAGUGGUGGUACCUUAUAGUUUUUUUUCUUUGUUUGAUUAUCAGCAAGAGUACCAAAAAAAAUUUUAAAAUGCAAGGCGGUCUCCAGAGAGUUAAACUUUUCUUCUGAACAAGAAAUGACAAAAUUCAGACUUGAACAAAAAGUCAUGUUCAAAGGGAAGUGUUUAGAAGGUAAGCAAGCAUAAUUCUAGUGUGCGUAACGUAGUUUAUCAUGACUGGAAAUGUAUGAAAAUCAUAUAUGUGCACUGUGGUGAAGAAAUGAGAUAUGAACGAUCCUUGCUGCUAUGAACGCUACCAAACUAGUAGUUGAAAUGAGACCUGAAAAAAUUUCAGGCCUGUAUGGGAUUUGGACCCAUGACCUCUGCGAUACCAGUGCAGUGCUCCACCAACUGAGCUAACCACCACCCAGUUGGCUUGUUAGCUCAGUUGGUAGAGCGCUGCACUGGUAUUGCUGCCUUAAUAUUGGUAGGAAUUGCCUUAAUGAACCACAAACUUUUUCUUGUUUUACCCCUUUUUGGUGCCAGCUACAUUUUGUGAUCUGUCUUUACAGAAUGGUAUUUUGAUUUUGGAUUUGUGAUCCCAGCAUCAACAAACACAUGGCAGUCACUCAUAGAAGCUGCUCCUGAAUCACAGAUGAUGCCUGCACAGGUUCUGAGGUAAGUCUUACUUCUUUGCUGUGAUAUCAAAAACUUCAACAUUUUAGUCAAGGAAUCCAACCAAGGAUUUUUAAUGUCAACCAAAUCCUUGGGGUUUCCUAUAUCUGUCCUAAAAUGAAUUCUUAUCAAACUUUUGAGCCCUUGACAAGCAUCAAAUUCCUCCCAACAAUAUCACCGAUGAAUCAAACCUUAAAGUUAUGAGAACAAAGGAAAUGAUCAUUAUUAAAGAAGCUCUUGAUUAUAUUAAAGUUCACAUGGCAACCAGGUGGACAAUCAGACAUAGUUUGAUGCUACUCUGGUUUAAAGAUUUAAUGAAUGUAACUGAAGAAGUUACAAUUCAUAGACCCAACGUUUCGACACUCCCAUCUAGUGCCUUCAUCAGGGAUGAUCUAAAUGCUGCAACAAGAGGUCUUUUUAUAUAAUCACUAAUUAGUGGCCUUUUUUCUGAUGAGGUGUAAAUAGGCAUCAGGAAGCAGACUGCCAUUGUCACGAUUUAAAGGAGCAUGGGCAGAGUUAAUAUGCCAAGCCUCCAAACAAAGGCGCUGGUCAAAACGUUGGGUCUAUGAACUGUAACUUCUUCGGUUACAUUCAUUAAAUCUGUAAACCAGAGUAGCAUCAAACUAUGUCUGAAGCUCUUGAUUGUUUAACAAGUUCUCCUUGUUAGCAUGUUAGGAAAUGUAGAGAGCAUAGUAUGGAGAAUAUACAUACUGAUGUUUGGGUGUAAAGGGUUAAACCCUGGUGUUACAUGUGUUCUAACCAAUCCUUCUCUGAAGAUGAAAUGAUGCUUAUAGAGUAUGGGUAUGUGGUCUCUUUCAGUGGCAACGUGGUGAUUGAAACAAAGUUCUUUGAUGGAGACCUCCUUGUCAGCACGUCAAGAGUGCGAGUAUAUUAUGUCUGACUUGGACGAAGAAAACCUUUUUCUAUACUCUAACUUUGUAAAGUUUUCGGGAUGCUUUCCAUUUGUCAGAACUGGCUAUUCCAACCAUGGUGUCUGUAAAUGUAAAAGGUCCAUUCCUGACCUAACUGGCACCCUCCAUUGAGUAUGGCCAGUUUAAGCCUGUUUCUCUUGCAGACCAUUCAUGAAAUGCCCUGGAUGGUGUGAAAAUAAUUGUUAAAACUUCUGGCAUGAAAAACUUCUGGGAGAAAACAACUCACAUGCCUUUGCUCAAGAGAAGUGAACUUUCAUUCUCCAUUUACACUGGCUGGAACUGUUUCCUACAUUCUGGCCAGAGCUGGUAAAUGGAAAGCACCGUCAAUGUACAGUGUUAUAAUCUUUCACCUCCAAUCUAGUCAAUGAUCACUUUCACCCGUGUGUUAAUAGCAGACGCUUCAGUGGGAGUUGUAGCAUGAUAAGAUUGCGAUAUUUGUUUUUCAGUCCUUUAAUAUCAGAUGAUUACUACAAUUUUCAAUUGAGAGAGGUACAAAUGGAUGUUUGGCAACCAUGUUGUGACAUUAAAAUCAUAUUGUUGUCAUGAGCAAUUGGCCCCAUUUCCAGUGGCAAGGUGUUGUGUGUACUCUAUGGUAGAGUUUCAUGUUUGAUGGUUAGCCACAGUUACUAAGGGAUGCAUGGAAGGUUGCCUGUGAUAACACCUUAAUUUUAGGGUUAAAACCCAGUCACCAAGCUUUUAGUGUGCAUCACUCAAUGGAUAACCAUAGAAUCAUUAUUCAAUUUUACUUCGUCAAUGUGAUGUUCAAUUGUUAUGGCUGUGAAUAAUUUUAAAAGUCCUUUUGUUGGGAUUGUCCAAUGGAAAUUCUCUGUCAGUAGGCAUCUUUUUGGGGUUUUCUUUAAGAAAUAUGGUUCAGGAAAUACUGUAGAGUAAUGGGAUUGUAUACUGUGUGACAGUUCCACAUCUGAAUGUGGAAAUGCUAGGUCAUUGGACUUGAGUCAGCGAGUUCUGUGCAGCAAGCAGAUAAUAUUCUGAUCUCCAUUGCUAAAUGAAACCAGUUUUUUGAUUUUCUCACUUGUGUACAUACACUAAAGCUCAGUUUUAGAAAUUCACACAUUUUAGAUCCAUACAGAUCUGCAAAGUGUCCACAUUUGAAUAUGUACUCCUGAUGUAAUUAGUAAAUGGUAAUGAAAAGAAACAAAGGGAAAAAAAAAAGAAAUCUAGGAGGAGAAAUGGUGGUCUGCCUCCCCUUUGGAUCUGUUGUUAUAAGAAACAGAAACUUUCUGGGAAAGCAAAUGCAGCAGAUUUAGCUUGCCAGUUAGAUUUAUUUAUUAAAAUGCAUCAAGUAGUUUAGCUUUGCCCUGCUCAACUGUGGUGGUUCUUGUGAGAAGUGCAGGUUUUCUCCCUGGUUGGUAAAGCUAAAUGUGUUUCAUCCCGUAGAGUGGUCAUGUCAAAUGAUGACUUUUUAAUGUAAUUGCAACAUAGAUACUUGAGCAUUUGCAUUGCAUACAUGCAAAACUGUGUGCUAUGUAAUUUCUUGAUUUUGGUGUCAUAUUUUUCUGUGAUAAUUGAUUGAAUUGCAAAUUUGUGAUUACUUUGUCAGUAGUACAGCUGGUAGUUGUUGAUAGGAUUGUAUAACAGCUGUAAAUCAUUCAUUUUGCCACAAUAAAAGAGAACUUUGAGACACAUAGGCA